AUGCCGAAAGCCCAGAAAGGAGCCCUUCUCCAAUGCGACCCACCCCAAAUGGCGAUGGUCCGAAAGAUCGACCGGGAGUCCAACCAUGCUUAUAUCUUGGAGGAGAUUGACGACAAGACCUGCCUGGUCAAGGAGAAUCGAGUGGAGGAGAUCAAAGCCAAGGUCAAAGAGUUGAUGGAUGCUGCAAUGGGCAUGGAUGAGGAUGACAACGAUGACAAAGACAGCGACCUAGAUUGA